CACCCUCAAGGACCGAAUCCGCCGUUUAAUAAUAAUAAUUUAGUCGCCGUUGGCAGGGGCCAGCUCUUUUCCGCGGUGCCGGGUAGCCCUGCACAACUUGCCGCCAAACCAUCAGAUUGAUCAGGGGCUAGCUUACUUUCCCGAAAUUGCUCGGCCUCUCCUGCGCUCUUCUCGAGAUGCCCACCACUCUCUUUGCCCGCCAGCAACAACACCAAUACCUUCACCACCCUCCCUUCCCCUUCGUCCCCGACGCCGAUAGCUGCAACAACGACCUGUACAUCAUUGCCGAGCAUGAAUACGUCCACUCUUUGAGCUUGCCCGUCUGCUGCGACGCUCGCGUCCCACCCCUCGCGCUCCGACCCCCUCCUCGCCGUUCUCAGAGACAUUCUUCUUCGCAGUCCACGCGCCGCAACAAAACACCACUGGCAACCAUGACCGCCCUCACAUACUCGCACAACCCGGCAAUGGCGGUCAUGGGAGGCGCCCCUGGAUCGCCGCCCGACCUGACCAACUCCAAGUCGUCCAAGUCGAGCUCCUUCCAUUCCUCCUCCCUCUCGGACGUCAUGGGCCCCCAUGACCUCGCACACUUCGAGGAAAUCAGCCUCGACGAUGCUCAGGCUGCUUUAGGUCCCCCUUCCUUCCCACUGCCGCCUUCGCCCUCGAAUCGCGUCCUCUUCGAAGCCACCAAGACUUCCACUUCGGUCGGUCGAAGCUUGUCCCAUGCUCACUCGACCCACUCCUUUCGUGACCUCACAGGCAGUACAAAGCCUCGCUUUCCAACUCUGAAGGGUCAGGUCAACGCUGCGGUACAUCAGCAAACGCAAUUGAGUGCCCCGAACCGCUCCUCUCGACGAGGCUUCACAUCGCCUUCCGCUCCCUCCCUUGCAAACAUCACCAAUCUCGCUGCGCCGGGCCGCCGUUCCCGAUCUCCUUCCCCUUCUCAACCACAAACCUUUCCGCCUGGCCCCCGUUCUCUCUCUCGCCGCAGCUCUAGGAAUAGUCUUGCCGUCUCAACAUCGACGACCAUGGAAGGAAGGAGGCAGUCGUGGCAGCACGCGCCCCGGAAAACCGCAAAGGAACGGGAAGCCGAGUGCGAUGAUGAUGACGACGAAGUCCCCGAGGAUCUGAUGAUGCCAAAUGUCCCUAUUUCCCCCAGACCUUUCUCCGAGCGAGGAUCGCCUCCUUCCCUCCCCAACAGCUGGCCCGAAAUCACGCCAAGUCCCGUAAGCCGUCCUGCUUCGCUGCGGAGCAUGUCUCCUGGUGUCCCUCGACGCCACUCUUCUCAGCCGCCGUCCCCGAAUCCAGCUACCCCUGGGCUCCGGGCGCAGUCGUUGACUGGCCAGCGGAUCAAUACUUGGGAGGAUACUUACCAGGCUCUUGAUGAGGACGCCAAGAAGGUCACCGAGGCACUAGAGGAGUAUCAGUCUGAACUGGAUCGAGAGCAGGAAAUCAAGAGGCAACAGCCAGGCUUGUCCCGAUCGUCUUCAGUCGAGGCCAAACCGAAGCCCGGGAAGCCGUCGCUUCCGCCGUUGCGGAAGAGCGACCCCUUGAUCGACCCCUUCCAGCCCUCAGCUGAGAAAGAGAAACACCUGUCUCGAACUCGCCCUUCAUGGCUCCCGCCCAAAGAUCCAUUGGAGGAGAAGAAGCACUUGAAGGAAUACGCAAAGAUCCAAGCGCGUGUCCAGGAAGCUUUGCGGGAACAGGCUCGGAAGGAGGAAGAGGAGAAGCUAGCGCGUGAGAAGGUCGGACGCAAAAAGGCAGAUCUCUGGCAAAAUGUCCUCCUACCAAAGUACGCGACCGAGGUUGCAACGCCAGCGGGCAAAGCAACGUACCGUCAGCUCUGGUGGAGCGGCAUCCCACCUCAAGUCCGCGGUGCUGUCUGGAGGACGGCUAUCGGCAACGAGCUGGAGAUCUCCGAGACCACGUUCAAGGUGGCACUUGAAAAGGCGAGAACCGAAAUCAGAGAGCUGGGCGACCGAGCGCUGGGCGGAAAGGUGCCCUUCAUUGUGGAGAACACCCGGAGUGUCUUCCCCGAGCUGAAGAUGUUUGCGCCCAAAUCCGAGAGCGCGGAGGAGCAGCCGUUGCAUAACGACCUGGUCAAUAUCUGUCUGGCGUACAAUUCGUAUCGACCAGACGUCGAGACAUUGACCGGUAUUCAUCACCUGGCAGGCCUUCUUCUCCUCAACAUGAGCGUACCGGAUACGUUCAUUUGCCUAGGCAACCUCCUCAACCGCCACCUGCCGCUUUCCUUUCUCGUCCAGGACCACACGGCCAUGAUGGCCGCCUACGACAUCACGCUCUCCACACUAUCCAUAAAAGCACCGACCCUGGCCAGGCGCUUGGAAGAACUGCGCGUCGAGCCCCGCGACUACCUCCUACCCAUGUUCACCAGCCUCUUCUGCGACCGUCUACCCGUCGAGCAUGCCGCUAGAGUCAUCGAUGUCUAUGCUGUCGAGGGCGACAAGAUUGCGCCGCGCGCCGCUGUGGCUCUGCUUGGCGUGAGAGAGAGCAAGCUCUAUCAGGGAGAGGUGGAAGAUAUGCUGCGGAACUUGGCCGUGCAGGAGAUGAAGAUGCAUCCGGACGAUUUUAUGGCGAGGGUGUAUGAGGCUGGGAAGAGCCAGUGAUAAAUCGGCACAUACAUGUCGACCCGCACACCUCUCGAGGACGCCUCCCGGAUUGCAACAUUAUUUUCGGAUCGAGCAACAACGAACAUUGUUGAA